AUUCUCUGCUCCGGCCACUUGUUUAUCCAAUGGACAUUCGAUGCGCUCCUCCGGCAACCAAUCGGGCAGUAAUCUCUUAAUUCUAACAGUUAAAUACCAUGAAAAUCCCUUUUAUCAGCACUACUUACUUACUUAAUUUUCCGCCACCGGAGACGCCACAGCAAUGUUGGGAUUUUGAUGCAGGACACGUGUUUCACAUCGUCGCGGAUUUCAAGUUUUGAAGUUCAAGAGAGACGUCAUGCUGUCAGGUGUCCGGUUGUGUGUCCGCUCGUUGUGUAACGGCCGGAUGGCUCGCGGAAUGAGUCUGUCUCCGCGUCAGGUCAAUCGAUGGCCGAGCAGCGAGUCCUCCGAGCCUCCGACGGACAGUCCUCGAGUCCUCAUCACAGGUGGCCUGGGACAGCUUGGAGUUGGAUUAGCACAAAUGCUGAGGCAGCAAUACGGAAAGGAAAACAUCAUCCUGUCGGACAUUAGGAGGCCUCCCACUGAGGUUUAUAACAUGGGUCCGUUUGUAUACGCUGAUGUGCUGGACUACAAAAACCUGAGGGAGCUGGUAGUGAAUAACAGAAUCACCUGGUUGGUGCAUUAUAGCGCAUUGCUCAGUGCUAUCGGGGAAGCUAACGUGGCUCUCGCCCGCACCAUCAACAUCACAGGUCUGCAUAAUGUGUUAGAUCUGGCUCUGGAGAACUGCUUGCGGCUGUUUGUACCCAGUACCAUCGGAGCGUUCGGCCCUUCAUCUCCCCGUGAUCCAGCCCCUGACCUCUGUAUUCAGAGACCUCGCACCAUUUAUGGUGUCUCCAAAGUCCACGCAGAGCUGAUGGGGGAAUAUCUACACCAUAAAUAUGGCCUGGAUUUCCGAUGCUUGCGAUACCCAGGAGUUGUUUCUGCCCACACGAAGCCAGGAGGAGGCACUACCGAUUAUGCUGUCCAGAUCUUUCAUGAUGCCCUCAGCACUGGCCACCAUGAAUGCUACCUGCGUCCCAACACUCGGCUCCCCAUGAUGCACAUCUCUGACUGCCACAGGGCCACCAUUGAAUUCAUGCAGGCUCCUGAAAGCUGUCUUUCGCUACGCACGUACAACAUCGCAGCCAUGAGCUUCACACCUGAAGAAGUGGCUGAAGAGAUCCGCAAACACCUGCCCCACCUGAGGGUCACAUACAACCCUGAUGCCAUCCGGCAGAAGAUUGCAGACAGCUGGCCAGUGCGGUUUGAUGAUUCUAAUGCUCGUCAGGAUUGGGGCUGGAAGCCUGCAUUCAGUCUGUCAGAGCUGGUCACAGACAUGCUGGCCUCCAUCCGCGAAAAGAGAACCAAUGCUGGACUACCUGUCAGCUAGCAGGUCUUCUCAGGGACUGACUGAAACACAGAUCACCAGCAUUUGCAAACUCUCCUCGUCUCAAAUUUGGGAGUUGAUUCUUUGGACCACAUUCCGUCAGUCAGAGAGCUGCUAAUACAGGCAGUUCUCUUCAAACAUAUGCUUGUGAAGAAAACAUGUAAUUCAACAGCGAAAGCUUACAUUCUCUCAUACUGCUCAGGAGACUCCGUCUAUCUUCUCUGUGAUCUACUCUUACAGUACAUAGUUUUUAAGUUGUUGGGGGGAAAAAGAAACGACAAAUGCAAAUGGAUAUGAUGACGAUGAUGAACAUGAUAGCAAUAUUAAUGCAAUGAUAUUACUCUAUGUACUAGACAUAGUUAGCAAGGUCAACACUGAAAAACAUUCUGGCCCCAGUUUUCGCCUUCAGGACUCUUAUGGUUCUGAUGUUAUAAUCAAAAUACAACUUUUCUGGAAAGGAAUGAAUGGCCCAGAGAUGCUACAUUUGCACAAAUGCAGUAAAACCUUUAGAUAUCUUUCACUCUACAGUGCUCCAGACCAUGUAUUGUGUGCAAGAUGUAAACAGUCCACCUCGAUUUGAACACAUUCAUGGGUAGAAGAAGCUUUAAACCACUACUAGCUUUAGCGUGAAUCAAGGAAAAAAUCAAUAUUGCCUUUGUUCCAGCUGCUAUCUGUGAGAAUUUCACAGUUGCCUGAAUUUUGGGUUCUGUUCAGCCCAUUAUUAUCUGUAAUGGCUUUAUUUAUUUAGAGUCAGCUAUCGAAGGGCUCUGGAUUCACAAUGUAUAGUGUGGUGGUGUGAACUAAGUACUUAAUCUAUCAGCGCUGCUGAUGUAUUAUUUAUACACUGUGAAGUGAAAUGUAUUUUUUACAUUUCUGUUUACUCAGAAGAGCAACACUACUGGCUUAAACACCAGCAGAGGCCUCACCAUUUAAGGGAGUGUUUUUUUUUUAUUCAGCCUGUCUGAAAGUCUCCCUUCUAUAGAAGGAAUUGUGAUUUCUGGACAAAAGAUAUUGUGUUAAACCGCCUUAAUGUUCAGUUAUCACUCAACCUCACAAGUUGCUAAUGAUUCUCAUUCAGAACUGGAAAGAUGCAGUGUAUGUCAAAUAAACGACUUUAAAGCA